CGUAAUAAACUAAUUCCGCGAAAGUCUAGAUUAUUUUUAUCUUAUUUUAUUCAUUGUUUACAUUUAUUUACAUAUCAAAAAACGUUUAACCCUUUAUUUACCAAGGACCAAGCUUUGAUUAAUAUUGAAUUAGCUGCAAGCCAUAGACCUUUCAGUUCUUUCUUAAUAGUAAUAGAAUUUUUGUGUGUGUGUGUGUAUGUUUCUUAACAAAGGUUAUGAUGACUUUACAUGGAAAAGCUUACAUUGACACAGUCUGACAGCUUCACUGAGUCUAGUGUGGAUUUCUUAAUAUCUAAUUCAGAUGUAGAGGAUUUGGAUUCUUUGCCCAGUUGGGAUUUGAUGACUGGACUUCCUGCACUUAAACAGGGUAAAAGUAAACCAGAGAUGACAAGUGAAAAAGAUUUGAAUCCUUUUUUGUCUGCAAGUGACUUAGAGAGUGAUACUGGCUGUAUUAUAUUAGCUAAAGAUACUGUUGAUUCUGUUUUGGUUCCAGAUACUGUUAGCGGCAGCAGCAGUACACAUUCCUAUGUUGAAAGUAAUAACAACACCACUGCAUUGGAAAGGACACAUUAUAAUGCUGGGAAAUCUGCAGUGUCUCCUGUUUCCAGUGUUGUGGACUGUCAAUCACAACCAAUGCUCAGUAUGAUAGACAGUUUACCAUACAAAACAAUACCUGAUUCACCAGUGAUGGAUGUCUAUGAUUCUGAUGUAAGUGAGGCAGAUAUAUUUAUGAAAGAGAAAACACCUGAUAGGGAGGAUUCACCAAUUAGGAAUUCUUAUAAUGAAUUCAAAAAAGGUUCUUUUGGUGAAUCACAAAGUUUUCACUUGAAACUUACCCCGUCAUUGACUGAAGACUAUGAUGUAGAUGAUGUCAAUCAAAAUGAAAAGCAUGAUGAAGCAAUUGCAGCAUCCACUGUUACUUCUACAUCACCUUUGAAACUUAAGGUCCAGAAUCCACCACUGGAGUUUGACAGUGUUGCCAAGAAACCUUUAUUUUCAAUACAAAAACCUACAAUUCUAGAUGAAGAGGUAGACUCUCUUGAGGAAAGUGAGAGCAGCAUAAGUGUCUUUAAAAAAGUCAAGACUGGAAGUACCUCACCUAAAAAGAAAAAAAACUUAGGGGAUGACAGUGUGGAGUUCUUACCACAAAGCAAAUCUCAGCGGAGAAUUUCCAAUGUUGAAAUUAAAAGUGAGAAACAACUCACCACUGAGAGUUCCAAAAGCCCAUAUUUCAGCAAAUCAAAAAAUAAAAUUAUUUCUGACUUACCAGAUAGUAGUGAAAAGUUGGUAAAAAAGUCUGACAAAAUGAGUAAUAAGGGUGCUAUCAUUGAAGAGAAUCAAAUAAGUGCACCAGAGCCAAUCCUUAUAUUAUCUCAGUCAGAUUCAUCAAUUGUGGAUUUAACAUUAUCUUAUAACUACCAAGAACCUGCUCAGACUGUUGAUUACAGGUCAAAUGAAUCCCUAGAUACCCAAUCUGACAAGAAUAAGAAAAAUGAUCACUUUUCCAGCCCAGAUUUCUUCAUUAAUCCCUCUCAGAAAAGACUGCCCACAUCCGACAAGGCUCUUGAUAUUGAUUCCGAAGAAGGCAAUUCAUGCCUUAUGAUAUUUGAGAACAAAGUAAAUGAUAUAGAGACACUAGCUGUCGAUAAGCAACAGAUUGGAUCUCAACAUAAUGAAAAUAAACCCCUUCACUCUACGCCUUCAAACAGCCACAGUGCUUCUGUAGAUGGCAAAGGGGGAAAAAAAGAGCAAUAUGAGCAGACAACUCCAAGUACAUCGAGAGCUGUUCCUGUCAAAUAUGAUGUUACAGUUGGCAAGCAGUCUCAAACCACAGAUCCUUAUCUUUUUAUUGAGUCACAAUCUAUAGGUAAUAUAGCAUCCACAACACUUGAGUCUAAAUCCAAAGACUUUAAAAGAAGACCAAUUAGAGUAAUGAAAAAGAUUCUGCAUAAAAGAAUAUCCUCAAAAUCAAAAAACAGUAAAAAUGAAAGCUCCACUGAUGAAUGUAUAGACAAGACACAACAAAGACGUUUAGCACUCAGAGGAAAGCGGGUAACAGAAAGCAGUAAAAUAGUUUCAGCUGAAAGUGGGUCGAUUCUGACUUCUAGCAAUAAACAAUUCACUGUUAUUCAAGAAAAAUCUGACUUUCAUAAGCCACACAAUGUAUCUGGGCCCUAUAUUGAGUUGGGUGCUAAGGUCAUUAAAGAGCAAUCUGAAAGCGAAGAAAAGUUAAAAAAAAACAAAGGCCAAUCAACAUCAACAAUACAGAACAAGAAAUCGAAGAAACUCUCUGUAAACUUUACAGAUUCUCAUGGGAGUGAGUUACAGUCAGACAACGUGGUGAUUGAAGUUAAAAGAGUUAUUAGGACUGUAAAGCUUCAAGUCAUUGUUGAAGAAACAGUUGUCAUGGAAACAUUGAACCGGAAUAGAACUCCAAUGGAUCGUCGAGAAAACAGUCCAGUAGUUAUCAGCCAGAGGGACUUAGGUGUGAUUGAUCAGACAGAGCAAGCCACAGAACGGAUAAUUAAGUGUGAUAUGUCUCCUUCAUCUGUUACAACAGGAGAAUUGGCGGACAUCAGUUCCAUGUCUAAAUCAUCUAGCUCAGUUUCUGCAGCAGUUCCUCCAAGUUGUGAUCAGAUACCAGCAUGUCAAAGUUCAUUACUAUCAGCUCAAAGACAAAAUGUACCCCAACAAGAUUCAACUCCACAACAAAUCAAGGGAGAAAAUGCAGUAGGUGACAAAAACCAUUGGAAUUCUAACCAUUCUGGCACAGAUUUAUUACACACUCCUAAUCUAACUGUUAUUGAUCACGUGGACAGCCAGACUGGGAAAAUGUUUGCCAGCUUGAACAGCUCACUUAGUUUGCCUCACAUCAGUCCCAUCACUGGGUCAGAGCCAGGCGUUAAAGAUAAUUCUUCUGCUGCUGCUUCUGUGCCAGAUGAAUUGGUCCAGCACCAGGCAGAUACAGAACAUCCUACAAGUGCUGCCACAGAGGAAGAUGUUGAGAGCAAUAUUAGAACAAGAAAAAGAAAAAACCCUUCCCCCCAGAAAAUUGAAAAUAAAAUUAUGGAUAACACCUCUUCACAGGAGCGUGGCCGCAAAAGGAAACGGCAAGACAGAUCUGACUCAAUGAAUGAGAUAUCAAAGGAGGCGUCAGAUCCUCUAGCACAAGCCAAAUCUACACAGGGUCAGAGCACAGGUUUCAGCAUUCAUGAAAAUAGUGGUCGGUCAGGGCAGCAGUCUAAGAAAUCAGGUCAGACCAGCAAGUCUAGUAGUGAAGUCAGUCCACAGAUUUCAUUGCAGGGUGGUGUAGCUGUCAAUAAAACUAUGACCUUUAUUCUGUCCAACUAUUCCAGUAAACCAGAAAUAGGGGCUAAGGUUAUGGCCAAAUGGAAUGAUGGUUUCUUUUAUGCUGGGCUCCUGACCAAAGUUGAUAAAGUGAAUCUCAAAUACUUUGUCAAGUUUGAUGAUGGCUCACACCGUUGGACUAAAGCUUGCGACAUCAUUCUAGCUGCAGAGUUGCCAGUUGGACAGAGUGUUCUUGUCCUGAGGGACAGUGGUUUCUAUGAGCCAGGAAUGAUUCGCGGCCACAGUGAGGCUGCUUGUUCUUCUAAUGACCAGCCACAAGUUCUUUAUCAUGUAGACCUUGAUGAUGGCGCCACUCAAGUUUGUGACAGAGCUAAGCUGAUCCUAAGUGAAGACCAGGCUGCAUGUUUACUGAGUGAUGAGGACUUGAGAAUCUCUCCAGAUGUUGUCACCCCUAGCCGCAUUAAACCUGGAGAGGUUUCCUUAGACAAUAUCGUAGAUGGUAAAAGGCAGCCCAGAUUAACCAAAAGUAUGUCGGCUUCAAAGGAAAGUAAGUCAUCUACCUCAGGGCCAUCAGCCCCAGUGCCAGGAUCAGAGGAGGACAAAGCACCAAGUAGUAAGAAAAAGAAAGUUGUUCCAGUUUUAACCAGCACUCCAAAUUCUCAUUCAGUUAGAAUUGAAACAACACCCGAAAAACAGAUACCUGCCAGAGAUAUAGGUGGUGCUGUCAUCUCUCCAGCAUCAGAAUACAGAAGAUCUCCAAGAAAAGUUUGUAAAGGUCUUUUUGAUACAAAGACUAAAAAAAUGAGCAACAUAUUUGAUGGUAUCAAAUUUAUAUUAACACAUGUUGAGAAAUCAACUCAGCACAGAAGCGACGAGAAAAGACUGCUUCAGGACUCCUCACUGGAAACAUCAACUGAUGAUUCUACAAGCAUUGUUGAAACUGGUGUACCUCCAUUUGUGAAAGAACAUAUUCAAAACCUCAUUAUUAAUGGUGGUGGAACUGUGCUCAAAUCUUUUGAUGAUGUACCUGCCAAUUCUAAAGACAAAUUGUAUUUAGUGGCAGCAGAGCAUCAAAGAACGUUCAAAUACCUCCAGGCUCUGGCAUUGGGAGUGCCUAUAGUAUCACAUCAAUGGAUUCUGCAUUCUGUUUCUCAGAACAGCCAGCAACCCGUUGAGGCUUAUAAAUUACCUGCAGGUAUCAGCUUGGAAAAGAAACAAAUUAUGGAAGAGCAAAAAUGGUGCAGAGGUUUGGAAAAUUUAACCACUAUGGUAGUUUCAUCAAAUGAGGAAUUCACAAAAUCCUGGACAGCUAUUCUGACUUCUGCUGGUUGCAACAUUCUACAAAAAUUACCAACUUCCGCUAGUAAAUAUGAUCCUGGUGUGAAUGUGGUCAUCACAGACUCAGCAUGUCCUACAAGUAUGGUUAGAAAAUGUGAAAGGCUGAAUAUUCCCCUUGUGUCAACAGAAUGGGUCAUCCAGUGUCUCAUCAAUGGACAUUUAAUGAAAUACAAAGGCCAUGAAAAAUACAAACAUGAUUUCCAGCCAACCUGAAUCUAACUCAACCUUGCCCAGUAAUGUCGAGAGAUCUUUGGUUGGUCAAUGUGUUGAUGCAUGCAAACUAAAUAAGCCAUGGGUAUAUUACUAUGGACAUAAUGUUGUUUAUUGCUUCUCACUUUUUAUAGUUAAAUGUAUAAUUUUUGUUGUACAGAUGUUUAAAUGAAUUUGUCUAUUCCUUGAUCAGGGUUUGUUAUUGUUGUUUUAAUAACAUAGUGAUGACUUUUUAAUAAAAAUACUUACCAGCACUUUCUUUAAAAAAAAAUGUAGAAAUUUAUCUUAAGCAAGACUUAAAAUGUUAUUUAAUAGAAACCUUAUUUUAAUUUCCUGUUGGGAAACAUUGUUUUAGCUUUUUAGAUUUAGUUUCUUACAAAAUAAGUUGCCAUACUCACUUUGUACACACUUUCUUCUAGAUCUACAUUUUUUAAAAUAUAUUUUUUGAAUUCUUCAACUAUCUCUUCUAAACAUCAUCAUAUGUUUUGUUAUUUACUUAGUAUUUUAUUUUAAAAAGAUAAACAAAAAAAAAAGUUAACAAAGUCUCAAUGACCUUUGGAAAGUUUUAUUUACUUCUGUGGUACCAAUAUUUUUUAAGCUUGAACUAAUCAACUGUUCUAACUUUAAGCACAUGGAAAAAAUGAGUAUCUUUUCAUUUAAUGAAAACUGUCAUAAUACUCAAUGUGUCACAUACAAACUGUAGGCUAUUUCCCUUGUUUUAGCUUAUUGCAGCUUCAACUUUUCCAUGAAUUUAUUUGAAUGUCAUGACAGCAUCCAUCCCAUUAUGUUUUAAUUUUUUUUUUCUAAUUAGUGAUCAGCUGACAAUGCUGGUCUGUGUCUGUUCAGUGACUACUUUGCGAUCGUGAAGUACCAUCAGGCCAAUGAUUUGCUCUUUUCAUAUUGAUUUCAAUGACUUGAGAAAAUAUCAGUGGCUAUCAUGACCUAUACAAUAAUGUGUACAUUUUAUAUGUUGAGAUUUUGUCAUAUUUUCAUAGACUUCAUUGGAAGUACAUAAAGUCAACAAUUCAUUGCAAAUGUUGUUUUUUUUUCCAUUAGACAUUGGAGCUCAUUUUCUAAACCUUUUUUUUUUAAAAAUAUUCCAAUGUCUCUUUUACAUGACAUGAAAAUUGUUUACAAAUGCUUAAUGUCAUAAAGACAAAAACAAAUAAAUUCUAUGCACAAACAGGAA